AAAAAAAAAAGAUUUUGUUUGUUUCGGGGCACCCUGUGGGAGAUAUGUCAGUGAUUAUCGUGUUAGGACAGCAAUUAGAAUUUUAGUGAAAUUUUGAUUGAACCUAAUUUGUGUUUUUGUGUCAAUUUCACUGCGGAAGCGUCCAUGGGGAAGUGUAAACAUACACGGUUCCUGCUGAAUCACGGGUUGAGACUUUGCUCUUGUGCUGAGUGUUUCGUAGUCGCGCAAAGUUUGAUCGUAUUUCAUUUAGAGCCUUGAAUAAUCUAAAGUCAGGAGGAUAGUAAACGUCCUACUCCUCACAUGCGGCGCGUUUUUUGCCAGGUGUUACUUUCGGCUCCUGUGGGGAAGACAAAGUGAGGAGGACAACAAUGCUCCAGCUAGGAGAUGAAGCGACCCUGUACUCCCUUAUUUUCGUGGGGAUCCUGCUGGGGACUCGAAGCCCGAUGUGGACUGUGGCCCUCACUGCCUUCCUCUUCCUCUUUCUAGCCAUGUGCAGCUUCCCACCGGUACCGGCCAGCCGAACCCAGAAGGUGCUCCACCCAGUCAAGGGCACGGCGGGCACCGGCAAGGUGUCGAUUGUCGCUCACCGGGGCGGCGGACACGACGCACCGGAGAACACGAUAGCAGCUAUCCGAGAGGCCAGUAAAAAUGGGGCAACUGGUGUGGAGCUGGACCUGGAGUUCUCUGCAGAUGGCAUCCCAAUACUGAUGCACGAUGAGACUGUGGACAGGACAACCAGUGGGUCGGGGCCCCUCAGCAAGAUGAAAAUGUCAGAGUUGGGUAAACUGGAUGCAGCUGCUAAACAUCGACUCAGGGACAAGUUUGUAGGAGAGAAGAUCCCAACCCUGGAGGAGGCAGUGGAGGAAUGCAUCAAACUGCAGCUCACCAUCUACUUUGAUGUCAAAGGUCAUCCAGACGAGGCGGCUGCAGCUCUUAAAGACAUGUAUAAGAAAUAUCCAGUCCUCUACAACAGCAGCAUCGUCUGCUCCUUCGAGCCCAAAGUCAUCUACAGGAUGAGACAGAGUGACCCGGAGGUGGUCACAGCAUUGACCCACCGGCCUUGGAGCCUGAGUCGGUUUGGGGAUGGUACCCCACGUUUCUCAUCACUGUGGAAACACCACUGGAUGACGCUUUUGGACAUCUUGUUGGACUGGGCACACCAUCACGUUUUGUGGAAGCUUUGUGGCAUCUCAGCGUUCCUGAUACAGAAGAACUUUGUCUCACAGGACUAUGUGCAGUACUGGGCCCAGAGGGGGGUCGAGGUUGUAGCCUGGACCGUCAACACGCAAGUGGAGAAGGAGUAUUACCAGGAGGUUCUAAAAGUCAACUACAUCACAGACAGCAUUGUGGAAGACUGUGACCCUCAUUUCUGACAUACACAUAAACCCACUGCACAAUAUGUUAUCAUUUAAUGAAGACAGGUUCCCUUUGUAUGAGUUUUAUCUCCCUAGUCAAAUACGAACUGGAUGCCAUAACAAAAAGGCCAAGUAAUAGGUUUGAUAACAACUAAGUCACUUUAAUAUUAUAAAGAAUUUUUCUCUUGUAUUUACAGACUUGUUGAUACAAGGUGCUGCUAAUAUGUGUCUAUAAAAGACCUGCAGCAAUGUACUGUACUCAUCAACUCAGGACUGCUUGUUUGUUUGUUGUGUUAAUUGUGUUUAUUUUACUGUCUUGCAGAUGCAAUGCACUAAGUGUGCUUUUUACUCACUAAAAGGUCAUUAGUCAAACUUAGAGAAACUACCUAGAGAUGAUUUUUUUUUUGGGGGGGGGGGGUCAACAUUUUUUUGAAAUACUAGACUGACAUGUAGUCGUUCCUGUUAUGGUCUCAUUGUUCCUGUUUUUAAGGUGCUUUUUUCUGUAGUACAGUAACAAAAAUCCACUGCUGAAUUUGAAAGUUUGCUCGCUUUCAAAUAUAUGAAUAGUCUCUAAUUUUUAUGGUAGCUUCAUUUUAAUGGCGGGAGACAGAAUAUCAACCGCAAAUCCACAAAAAAGCACAUUACAUAAAAGUUAUAGACUGGUUAUGUGCUUCUUUAGUCACUCCUUUGUUGGUAUGUUUUGGGUCAUUGUCAUGCUGGAAGACCAUCUUCAGUGUCCUAGCUGAGGAAGGAGGUUUUAGAUCUUACGGUACAUGUCCCUGUCCAUCGGCCCCUCAGGACGGUGAAGUCGUCCUGUACCCUUAGCAGUAAAACAGCCCCAAAGCAUAAUGUUUCCACCUCCGAGCUUGACUGUGGGGAUGGUGUUCUUUGGGUCAUACUCAGCAUUUCUCUUCCUCCAAACACAGUGGUUCAAGCUGCCAAAGAGCUUGAUUUUGGUUUAAUCUGAUCACAGCACUUUCUCCCAAGCCUUCU